ACGUGAUCUAUGAGGUACAUUUUGUCGAUCAACGUAUACUCGCUAGUGUUAUGUCUACUCGGGUUUGUAACGAGGUUUUAGGGUUGUGAAAAUCAUGGGUUGUCAAUUUAAGCUUAGUGUUCUCCUAGCAUUGUAUUUUAUUUUGUCAGAUGUAUUCCUUAUUAUUGUAUGUGGUUUUUUCAAUAGUGAUGAACUUAAUCUCAUAAGCUAUGAAGUGGAUAUUCUUAAUACCCCAGUAAAAAUUGGAGAGGAAACAAGUACAUCUGUUCUCCAUUUGACUUCAAAAUUUGGUCAGCAGUACCAGUGUGUGUUACCUCAACCUUCAACAGCAACUGAUCAGGCAUCAUCUGCUGAAUCACCAAAGGAAGAACCUGACAUCAAACAGCUUCUGGAACCUUUACAUAAAAGUCCAUGCUUAUUAAAGACUAAAGACUGGUGGACAUACGAGUUUUGUUAUGGGCAUUAUGUAAAACAGUAUCACUUAGAAGACAGUAAAAUUGUAGGCCAAGUUAUGACCUUAGGAAAUUACGAGUCAGACUAUGACUGGAGCAACGAGUCUGAUUAUUCAGAGAAAACAAGUGGAAGUGUCUUUAGGAGGUACCACAGUCAGUAUUAUGUUAAUGGUACAUCUUGUGAUUUGACAGGGAGACAACGUAAAACUGAAGUUAGGUUUUUCUGUGAAGAAGAUGCAGUAGAUUAUAUUUCAAGAGUGGAUGAACCAGAAACCUGUAGCUACAUACUGGCAGUUCACACAGCUAAAGUGUGCAAACAUCCAAAGCUUCAUGUCCCUCCAACAAAGAAACCACACAUGAUUGCUUGUAACCCUUUGCUUACUGAAGAUCAAUAUCAACAGUACUUGGUCAAAUUGGAAGAAUCUAAACGUAAAGCUGAAGAGAAGAGAAAGCUGUGGUUAGAAAAACAGCACCAGAAGUUAGCUAGUCUUAGGAAGUGGGCACAGCAGCAAAGAAUAGAGCUGGAAAAGAAAGAAAACAAAGAGUCUGAUAUAGGAAGUUUUGAGAAGUCUGGUGAAGAUGAUGAUAGAGUUUUACAAAAUUUGAGUGAUUUGGAAGAAUUGGUAGUUUCUGAAGCAGAAAGUGUUGAAGAAUCAAAUAAAGAAGAACUAGCAAAAGGAGAGUCGGAGCAGGACUUAAAUACUGAAGAGACCAUUAAAAAUGAAGGUGAACUCCACCGUCAGAUUUCACAUCAAUUAGAUACUAUUUUAAAUGAGGCUGAAGAGGAUCUUGAAGAACAAGAUGAAGAUGAAACUGAUGAUGCCUUCAAGAAGUUGGCUACAACUCUGAACAAAUUGUUGAAGAAACUUGAUAAGAAAAAGAAACCAGUGGAAGUAAAUGAAGAUAAACACUUUGAGGUAUUGGAAGACAGUGCUGAAGUAACUGAAGACAAAAAAGACAAAAUGGAAAAAGAUAUUCCAAAGUUUAGCUUUGAUGUGAGGGAAGAAGAUGAACUGAAAGACCUAGAAGGUGAUAACAAGCAAGAUGAGAAAACAAGUGAUGAGAGCAAAGAAGAUGUGUUAUCUGAACUUGAUGAUGGGAAAGUCAAAGUUCGUGUCCGUCACAUGACCCACGCAACAGAGCCACUAGGAGAUAAAGUAAAAUCUCAACAGCAUCGUGUUUUAGACACAGACCAGCAGCAAAAACUAGAAGAAGCUGUUAAAGAAAAAUUACAACAAGCAGGAUUAAAUACAAAAGGCAGGAAAAUAGAAGUUAAAAUAAUUACAGCAGGAUAUUCUGAUGAUGAAGGAGGAAAAGAUUUUCAUACAUUAUCUGAUGAAGAAACAGAACAGUUUCAGACAAUGAUUCUUACUUUACUGAUGAAGAACCAAGAAGCAGUCCAGGAAAUGGAACGUCAGAAAAAACUUGAAGCUAACUAUCAAUUUGUUUGGGGAAAAGAAUUACCAGAGGAAGAAGAAGAAUAGGCACUGUUGUUGGUCAUUUUCAAUAAAAAUCUAUUCCUAGUCAGGAAAUGUUAGACCAGAAAUGACAAUAGUUUGUGGCCACUUUUUGUAAAAAAAACUUGCUACUAUCGAAACUGAGAAAACUAUGUAUACCUUAUUGAAUAUCUGGCCAAAUAAAAUAUUUAAUUCAUGUGUAAA